CCCUGGCGCAAAGGUGGCAAGGGAUCCAUGAUGCUCCGGACCUGUCGAGUGCUCUACUCCCAAGCCAGCCCCUCCGUAGGCAGCUGGCAGCCCCUGAACUUUGAUGGGGGUGCCUUCCACCUCAAAGGCACAGGAGAACUGACAAGGGCUUUGCUGGUGCUACGGCUAUGUGCCUGGCCCCCUCUGGUCACCCAUGGGCUGGCGCUCCAGGCCUGGUCUCAGCGACUCCUAGGCUCCCGGAUCUCGGGUGCGCUUCUCCGAGCAUCCAUCUAUGGGCAGUUCGUGGCUGGUGAGACGGCAGAGGAGGUGAGAGGCUGCGUCCAGCAGCUCCAGACCCUAGGCCUCCGGCCCCUGUUGGCAGUGCCCAUUGAGGAGGAGCCAGACUCAGCUGCCAAGACUGGUGAGGCCUGGUACGAGGGGAACCUCAGUGCUAUGCUGCGGUGUGUGGACCUGUCACGAAGCCUCCUGGAGACCCCUGGCCCUGCCAGGAACAACUUCAUGCAGCUGAGGGUGACGGCGCUGACCAGCACUCGGCUCUGUAAGGAGCUAACCUCGUGGGUCAGAAGGCCCGGGGCCUCCUUGGAGCUGAGCCCUGAGAGGCUGGCAGAAGCCAUGGACUCUGGGCGGAACCUCCAGGUCUCCUGCCUCAACGCUGAGCAGAACCAGCACCUCCAGGCCACCCUGAGCCGCUUGCACCGGGUGGCGCAGCACGCCCGGGCCCAACACGUGAGGCUCCUGGUGGACGCCGAGUACACCUCGCUGAACCCCGCGCUCUCUCUGCUGGUGGCCGCGCUGGCCACGCGCUGGAACAGCCCCAGGGAAGGCGGGCCCUGGGUGUGGAACACUUACCAGGCCUAUCUGAAGGACACACAUGAGCGGCUGGGCCGGGACGCUGAGGCUGCACACAGGGCUGGCCUGGCCUUUGGGGUGAAGCUGGUCCGAGGCGCGUAUCUGGACAAGGAGAGAGCGGUGGCCCAACUCCAAGGGACAGAAGAUCCCACUCAGCCUGACUACGAGGCCACCAAUUGGAGUUACAGCCGCUGUCUGGAGCUGAUGCUGACCCAGGUGUCCCGCCAUGGCCCCAUGUGCCACCUCAUGGUGGCUUCCCACAAUGAGGAAUCAGUUCGCCAGGCAACCAAGCGCAUGUGGGAGCUGGGCAUCCCUCUCGAUGGGCCUGUCUGUUUUGGACAACUUCUGGGCAUGUGUGACCAUGUCUCCCUGGCAUUGGGGCAGGCUGGCUAUGCAGUGUAUAAGUCCAUCCCCUACGGCUCCCUGGAGGAGGUGAUCCCCUACCUGAUCCGGAGGGCCCAGGAGAACCGGAGUGUGCUUCAGGGUGCUCGCCGGGAAGAGGCGCUGCUCCGCCAAGAACUGCGGCGGAGGCUGCUGGGGGGAGGCCUGAGGGUACGCCAUUAGCACCCCUGGGGGCAUGUGGUCAAUAAAGGUCCCAAGCUAUC